AUGGCUAUUGGAGUUGACUCCUCAAAAUGGAAACCUAGAAAGUUAAAAGGUACACCUGCAGCUAAAGUUAGUAAUAUAAUCGGGUUUAGCGUAUUAACUUUUGGUAUUAUAUGGGGUGCUUUAUAUCAAUUUUCAAGUGUAACAGAAAAAUUGCGUAAAAAGUUAGACAUUUUUUAUGAGGAAUCUGUGACAGAAGUUGAAAGAAAACAGAUGAUCGCUAGUGGCUUGCGAAAUAGAACAGGCGAUAUGAUACGAAAGCUUAUGGAAGAGGCUGAGAGACCAGAUCGACCUGAUAAGUAG